AUGGCCGCUCAUCGUUCACCAUCUCCUUCUUAUGAACAAUCGGAAAUAAUUAUAACUACGGAAUUCUCGUUCUGGCAUACGUUCAAACAUCAUAUUCCACGUUUUAUUCUGACGAUACUUGUUGAUAUUGUAUUUCCACUUCUAGUCUAUUUUAGUCUUCAAAAAUUUAUUAAACCAGUUUAUGCACUUUUAUUUGCUGGUACUCCGCCGCUUCUUAUGGUUAUUUGUAAAGCACUUAUAUCUCGAACAUUCGAUGCACUCGGUUUUCUUAUUUUUUUUGGUUUUGUUAUAUCAGGUGUUGUAGCCAUUGUUACACGAAAUUCUAUUAUACUUCUACUAGAAAAAUCUCUUGUUACUGGUAUUCUUUCAUUAAUAUUUGGUAUAACAUUAAUUCCAUUUCAAUGUUGUUCAUGUCGAUGUAAACUACGACCACUUGCUUAUUAUUUCUAUCAAGAUUUAGUUCCAACUAAUCGAGAGCAAAUUGGAUUACCUGAAAAUUUAUCAACUAAUGAACAACAAUCAAUUGAUGAACAUGAAGUUCUUAUACCGAAAUUAUCCGAUAAAGAAGAAGUUGCAAAAGUAUAUGAAUGGAUAUAUAAACAUUGUUCAUCAUUUCGAUUUUCAUGUUAUACAUUAACAGGCAUUUGGUCAAUAGGAUUUCUUUUCGAAUUUCUUGCUCGUUUAAUUCUCAUUCUAGUUCAUUUAUCGGUUAAUAAAAUAGUUAUUUAUGGAAACAUUAUACUUAGUGGAAUAACAAUAAUAUGUACAUUGUUAACAAUUAUGUGUGUAACAAGAGAAAGAAAACAAACAAUGAUAAUAAUUGAACAAUGGAAACGAGAACAAUUAAAUAUACAUUAA